AACAGUAGACAGAAAAUGCAUUGUAUGCAUAGUCUGUACAUACUUAAAUCUGUGAACAGUGUGGCCAGAUUGGGGAAAUUGAGGGGAAUACAGUUACUCUCUCCUUUGCGUUACGUGUGGUUCUGCGGCGGUGCGGAGGUUGUUGGGAGAUGCGGAAUGGAGUUGUAGAUGAGGAAUGGAGUUGUAGAAGGGGUACAAAAAAGUGGGAGAAAAGACUUUUUCUGGCUUCACUGGUUCGACACACCUGAUUUAAAAUAUAAAUUAUAAAACAUGAUAAUAUGUGAAAGCUAUGUUUAAGAUAAAUUGAUAAGAACCGUUAAAAAAGCGCUAGCAUUUGUCAGAGUCACCUAUACUUAAAUAAUAAUUAGUCUAUCAAUAACCAAUAGAUGGUAAACAUGUUAUUACAUAAGUACUAUAGUGAUACUUACCAUAUGGCACUGUUGCCAUAUACUUUUGUAUCGUACGCCGACGAAUUCUAAGUUUCGUGAACAACCCUUCAAGUUCCAUUCACUGCGACGGGUUCACGCAUGAUUAAAAAUUUGAGAGCUAUCUAAAAAUUGGUCACAAAUAAUGGAGAAAAUAUUAGUUGAGCCACGGGACGGAUCUGUGGUGUCACGUUUGUCUAACCUUCUUCAAACGAGUGCCGAAGAAGCACUUGCUGAUGGUGAUGCGUUUAAAGUUGGAUUAUCAGGGGGGUCUUUGGUACAACUGCUGGCAGAGGCUUUACCUAGCAUCACAACUGAUUGGAAUAAAUGGUACUUCUUUUUCUGCGAUGAGCGAGUUGUUCCUUUUGAUAGUAAUGAUUCAACUUACGGAGAAUACAAAGCAAAAUUGAUUGGAAAAGUACCAAUAACUGAGGAUCAAUUUAUAAAAAUUAAUGCCGACUUAUCUGCUGAAGAAGCUGCAAAAGAUUACAUUAAGAAGAUGUCUGUAUUCUUUCCCCCCGACCGUGUCCCGUGUUUUGAUGUGCUUUUAUUGGGAUUGGGUCCUGAUGGACAUACGUGUUCGCUUUUUCCCGGUCAUAAAGUUUUGAAUGAAGCAAGUUUAUGGGUUUGUCCAAUUAAUGAUUCUCCUAAGCCACCUCCAUCUCGUAUUACUCUUACACUUCCUGUAAUAAAUAAUGCAAAAAAAUGCAUAUUUGCCAUUACGGGAUCUAGCAAAGCAGGUGUUGUUAAGAAAAUCUUGCAAGAUAAAGAAAAUUUACCUGCUGCUCGUGUACAACCACACAAUGGGGAAUUAUACUGGAUCCUAGAUGAAGAUGCUGCAAAAUUUUUAGAUGCUGUCUAAGGAUAUUCGAUAAAAUUAUUUAUAACAUUCCACAUUGGUAUCAUGUUCUGAUGCUUAGUAUAUUUUUUGGGCUUACUAUUUUGUAUACAUAUAUAUGUGCAUUUUACUUAAAAUAUUUAAUAGAUAGCGCAGUUUGCGAGAGAAUUUCUUGCUCGACGAUUCGUUUGACAUUGGAUAAUAUUUGAAAUAUAUUAGGUUGUUCUAUUCUGCAUUUUAAUACAAUUUUCUGAUACUUUAUUUUUUUCAAUAAUAUUUGUAUAUACUGAAUAGAUAUAUAAUAUAUAUUAUAAUAAGAUGAAAUAUUUCACAUCAUUUUACAAUUUGUUGUUAUUCUGAAAACGUGCAAUGUAACCAUCAGCAAAAUUAGUGAACAAGCUUAAAAAAUUCGUACGAAAAUUAAUAUUUUCAGUAAUAAAUUAAUCAUGUUCCUAACAAGUGUACAAGUAUUCGGUAUACACUGAGUCUAUAAUUAAUGUUUUAUUUGUCCUUUUUUUACUAGGUAUAUAAAAAUAUAGCUAUAUUUAUUUUUAGUUAAAUAUAAAAAUAUAGAAAACAAAGGUCAAGAAUAUUUUAGAUUAAUAAAUGUGUAUAGUACAAUCUGCUUCUAUUUUGUAACAACUUUUUAAUAAAAAGAAUAUAUUUAAAAUGGAAAGAUUAUUUUAAAAACUUAUGAUUUUAUUAAUAAAUAAGGAAAAUAGUAUGCAGUUAUAACAUUGAGAUUAUUAGUAGUAAAACAUAAUAAAAUACACAAUUUCAAUAAAAAAUCCUGUACUACACUGAAGUAGGAGUAUUAUGAAAAACUACUAAAGUAGUAACAAAAUUUCUAUAGAAUUAUUUUAUUUGUUAGAAUAAAUAGUAUUGUCUUCGUUUUCAUACAGGAGUAGAUAUAUCAAGAAUAAUGUAAUAAACAAUUAUAUAUUUGUUUGGCAAAUCAUAAGAGAUAUUCUUUGGUGACUGACAUAAGACUGUAACAGUAGGUAAAUAGGUAUACAAUAAAAAGUGACUAUUUUUAUAUGAAGCACAUCUUAUGUAUAUUCUUAAAUGGAAUUAAUGUUAUUAAUAUAUAUAUAUAUAAUAGGUAGAGGCAGGAAUAUCGUUUGUAACAUGCGAUUAAACAUGUAUCAUCUGCCACCAGUCAAAUUCAACAAUCAGUGUCAACUAUUUAGGAACCAAAUUGUUUUACAAUAAUGUAUAAAUUAUGUUUAUUCUUUACAAAAGUCUUAGGUGUACAUGAAUAUCGAGCCAUAAGAAAAACUAAAAUAUUUUUCACCAAUUCGCAUUGUUUCUUAAUUAGAGAUAAAUGUCAGUUUUACUGAGAACUGUGAAACGUUGUAUAUUUGAUUUUUAUGUGACCCAAUAAAAAAGUCUUUUAUAGCUCUUUUAAUUUAUGAGAAUUAUUUACAAAAUGUUUCUUCUGAAAAAAUCAUGACUGUCCUAUAACUUAAAAUUAUUCCAAAUAUCAAUUCGAAUCACAACAUUUUUUUUUGUCAAAAGAAUCUAAACUGUAAAUGCUGUAUUACCCAAAACACGGGUUCUAUAAUUUUGCAUUUAAACAUACUUUUGCCUGUACAAAAAGUGAUGAAAAACAGUGAUAAGGUACUUUUAAUUUUAUGAACGUAAUACCACGAAUUAUAGAUUACGUUCAUCCAGAAUGCUUUAUGAAGAUAUCGACUAUCACCACCAUCACUUGUCGUUCGUAAUUGUUCCUAUUUAAAGUGAGAAAUGAAUAGACGCGAUUAUAAAUACUAUUUCAAGAUUAUACACUUUCAUAAAGCGUCACUGUACAUAUUUAUAAUAUACACGAUGUACACACUUCGUUCGCAAAAUUCAUUAGCUAAACGAUGAAUUAUAUUGGAACAAACGUGUGACAAGUAAUGCGUUAAUGGUGUUAAUGCCCGUUCGUAGAGCAAGUUUUAAUAUACGAACUAUAAAAAAGAUCAGUGAAACGUGCAGUUCUCUAAGUGUGAUUCACAGCAUAACAUCCUGGUGGUGAAGGGUCUAUUAUUUAUCAACGUAUGACAAAAUAAUACAAUUAACGAAAAUUAAAAGAAUUUUCUUCAAUUCGAUGUUAUGCACUGAAUCACGUUUCCAAUUUAGCUUAUAACCGUACAUAUCACAGUAUCAAUAUAACCCUAUUCCCCCCUGUUUUCGCAAUUUAUAACAUUUUCUAAUAUAUUUGUUAAGGAAUACAUUUGUUUACAUUUUGAUAAAAUCAUGUUUAAUGCGAUUUAUAUGUA